AUUGUCUGCAGUGUUUUGUCGCGGCGUAAUUGCAUGAGGAAAUAUCGCGAAAUCGUCUUUAAGUGCGAAUAACACAAAAAUGUAUCACAUUUUCCGAAAAAUUUCAUCCAACGGCGUGUCACUGCUCCAGGUGACGUGCAAACCGACUGUUAUUUGGCAAAAUACAAGAUUGCUCUCGAGAGAUAUCAAAUCAAAAUUCAGUAUUGGGGACGAAGUAUUGGAUGGCAGACCUCUCUAUCUCGAUGCGCAGGCGACCACACCACUGGAUCCCCGAGUUCUCGAUUCGAUGCUUCCAUACUUGACUAGCUACUAUGGGAAUCCUCACUCCAGGACACACGCUUAUGGGUGGGAAAGCGAGGAGGCGAUGGAAAAGGCGCGCGCUCAAGUGGCUGGACUGAUUGGCGCUGAUCCGCGAGAGGUGAUCUUCACUUCGGGCGCCACAGAGUCCAACAACAUCAGCGUGAAGGGUGUGGCGCGGUUCUACGGCGAGAAGAAGAAGCACGUUAUCACCACACAAACGGAGCACAAGUGCGUGCUGGACUCUUGCCGGGCUCUCGAGGCUGAGGGCUACCGCGUGACGUACUUGCCGGUGCAGCAGAAUGGGCUUGUGGAUAUGGAGGAGCUGGAGCGCGCUCUCACGCCAGACACAUCGCUGGUGUCUGUGAUGAUGGUGAACAAUGAGAUUGGCGUGAAGCAGCCGGUGGCGGAGAUUGGGGCGCUCUGUCGCUCCAAAGGUGUCUUCUUCCACACGGACGCGGCUCAGGCGGUGGGGAAGAUUCCCAUCGACGUGAACGCCAUGAAGAUUGAUCUCAUGUCGAUAUCAGGCCACAAAAUCUACGGGCCCAAAGGCGUUGGCGCCAUUUACGUGCGGCGUCGGCCGCGCGUGAGAAUUGAGGCCAUCCAGAGUGGCGGCGGUCAGGAGAGGGGCAUUCGCAGUGGCACUGUCCCUACGCCACUGGCAGUGGGUCUGGGCGCAGCCUGCGACAUUGCAUCACGGGAGAUGGAGUAUGAUCACAAGUGGGUGACUUUCCUUUCCGACAGACUCCAAAAGACCAUAACUGAGGCCUUGCCUCAGGUCAUCCGCAACGGGGAUCCCACGCAGACUUAUCCGGGAUGUCUCAAUCUGUCCUUUGCUUACGUCGAGGGAGAAUCUCUGCUGAUGGCGCUGAAGGAUAUCGCCUUGUCCAGCGGUUCGGCGUGCACAUCCGCUUCUCUGGAGCCUUCCUACGUGCUGCGCGCCAUUGGGACGGACGAGGAUCUCGCGCACAGCUCCAUUCGCUUCGGCAUGGGCAGAUUCACGACUGUCCAGGAGGUGGACUACACAGCUGAGAAGUGCAUCAAGCACGUGACCAGGCUGCGGGAGAUGUCCCCACUGUGGGAGAUGGUGCAGGAGGGCGUCGACUUGAAGGCGAUCCAGUGGUCUCAGCAUUAAAUUGGUGAUCUAGACUUUAUCACUUCAUAGUUACACUUUAUUAAGCGGUGGAGUAAUAAAACAUAUUUAAGAGGUAUUAAAUUAAAGAAAUGUGAUUCAGCAA